AUGGACCCGCCGAGGAUGGACCCGCCAGGGCCGGCGCAGGGCCAGCACCAGCACGAGCCCAUCAGCUUCGGCAUCGACCAGAUCCUCAACAGCCCCGAGCAGGACAGCGCUCCCCCGCCGCCCCCCCGGGGCCCCGACGGCGCGACCUUCCUGGGCGGCCCCGGCGGCCGCGGCGGCGCGCCCUACCCGGCCCUGCCGGCCCCCUUCCCGGCCAUCGCCGCGCCCUUCGAGGACUCGGGAUCGUACAGUGUGAACCUCAGCCUGGCCCCGGCCGGCGUGAUCCGGGUGCCGGCGCACAGGCCCAUCCCCGGGGCCGUGCCGCCGCCCAUCUCCAGCGCCAUCCCGGCCAUGCCCGCCGUGCCCAGUCUGGGCAGCCUCAACUUCCCCUGGAUGGAGAGCAGCCGGCGCUUCGUCAAGGACAGGUUCACAGCGGCGGCGGCGCUGACGCCCUUCACGGUGACACGGCGCAUCGGGCAUCCCUACCAGAACCGGACUCCGCCGAAGCGCAAGAAACCGCGGACAUCCUUCUCCCGGGUGCAGAUCUGCGAGCUGGAGAAGCGCUUCCAUCGACAGAAGUACCUGGCCUCGGCCGAGCGCGCUGCCCUCGCCAAGUCCCUCAAGAUGACGGACGCCCAGGUGAAGACCUGGUUCCAGAAUCGGCGCACCAAGUGGCGGCGGCAGACGGCGGAGGAGCGGGAGGCCGAGCGGCAGCAGGCGAGCCGGCUGAUGCUGCAGCUGCAGCACGACGCCUUCCAGAAGUCGCUGAACGAGUCGAUCCAGCCCGACCCGCUGUGCCUGCACAACUCGUCGCUGUUCGCGCUGCAGAACCUGCAGCCCUGGGAGGAGGAGAGCGCCAAGAUCCCCCCGGUCACCUCCCUCGUCUGAGCCCGGCAGCCAGGGCACGCAGCGGACUGGCCGGCGGAGCGCGGCC